AAAUUGAGAUAGCAGCCUCGAUUGCAAUAAGAACAUGUCGUCGUUACUUUUUAGUGGAAGAGUGUUAUGAAACUUCAAUAGACGGCCACUUAACACUUAAAAAUAGUUAAAGCCAUUCCACAGCAAAGAUGAUCGGACAGAGAAGACUUUUAAAUGAAGUUUUCAGAACUGUUAGCGCAAGAUCUUUUUGCACUGCAACACCACAAAGAAGUAAAAAAAUAACAACUCAUUAUACGAUAGUGUCGAGAGAAAAUGAUGAAAGGUGGAAGGACGUUGACAUGGAAAGAGUGGCUGAUGAGUCUGAUGUUGUUGUGGUUGGUGGUGGUCCUGCUGGUCUUUCAGCUGCGAUCAGGCUGAAACAACUUGCAAAUGAACAGGACAAAGAACUCAGAGUGACUGUCGUGGAAAAGGCGCCAGAAAUUGGUUCACACACGCUAUCUGGAGCCUGCCUUGAACCCAAAGCACUUUUCGAGUUGUUUCCUGACUGGGAAGAAAGGGGUGCUCCGUUGCAUACUCCCGUUACUGAUGAUAAAUUUGGAAUUUUGACGAAGAACAAAAUGAUUCCAGUUCCGAUAUCUUUGCCGAUCUUCAAAGGUCUGCCUAUGAACAACCAUGGAAACUACAUUGUAAGACUUGGAAGUUUCGUACAGUGGUUAGGAGAGCAGGCCGAGGCACUUGGGGUGGAGAUUUAUCCGGGAAUCGCCGCUAGUGAGAUCUUGUAUCACGAGGAUGGAAGUGUCAAAGGAAUAGCCACAACUGACGUUGGAAUAGCAAAGGAUGGCUCACCAAAAGAUACAUUCGAGAGAGGCAUGGAGCUGCAUGCCAAAUGCACUGUGUUUUCUGAAGGAUGUCAUGGAGCUCUAGCAAAGCAAUUGUAUAAACAAUUCAAUUUAAGAGAAAAUUGUGAGCCUCAAUCAUAUGGCAUCGGUCUCAAGGAGCUUUGGGAAGUGGACCCUUCCAAACAUUGUCCAGGCAGAGUUGAGCACACUGUGGGAUGGCCUCUGGAAAAGUCAACAUACGGGGGCUCGUUUAUUUACCACCUCAACGAAGGAGCACCGCUGGUUGCUGUUGGCUUUGUGGUUGGCCUUGACUACAAAAACCCAUAUUUAAGUCCUUUUCAAGAAUUCCAGAGAUUCAAGACUCAUCCAAAGAUCAGGCCUCUUUUUGAAGGUGGGACAAGAAUCGGUUACGGGGCUAGAGCUCUGAACGAAGGGGGAUUUCAGUCGAUACCAAAAGUCAGUUUCCCUGGUGGUGUUCUGGUGGGUUGCAGUCCAGGUUUUAUGAAUGUCCCAAAAGUCAAAGGCACACAUUUGGCAAUGAAGUCCGCUAUGAUUGCUGCAGAAUCAAUUUAUGACGUCAUCACAGAUGAAAAUCACCAAUCUGAAACGGAGGGAAUCAUGGCCACGUCUUAUGAAGAGCGCCUGAAAUCAAGCUGGGUAUAUGAAGAAUUAAAGUCGGUUAGAAAUAUUCGCCCUUCCGCCCAUUCGGUUUUAGGUGUAUACGGUACAAUGCUGUAUACCGGUAUGUUUUAUUGGCUUUUUGGCGGAAAGGAGCCAUGGACACUAUCACACGGUGGACCGGACCAUACUAAAUUGAAACCGGCUAAAGAAUGUAAACCGAUUGAAUACCCAAAACCGGACAAUAAAGUUAGUUUUGAUCUGUUAUCGUCUGUGGCCUUGACCGGUACGAACCACGAAGGCGAUCAGCCAGCUCAUUUAACAUUGUACAGCGACGACGUCCCACUCAAUUUAAAUUUACCGGUUUACGACGGUCCGGAGGGUCGCUUCUGCCCUGCUGGCGUGUAUGAAUACGUAGACGAUGAGGAGACCGGAGGCAGAAGGCUGCAAAUCAAUGCACAGAACUGCAUACAUUGUAAGACAUGCGACAUCAAGGAUCCGAGUCAGAAUAUCAACUGGGUACCACCGGAAAGUGGAGGUGGUCCUGCGUACCAAGGAAUGUGAUGCAUCGGAAUAUGACAGAAUGGAAUGUAACAAAACGGAAUGUGAGAAACUCGUUGCAAAUUCAAAGAUGAACCCAUGCUUUUUUAUGAAUUUAAUUUCUGGGUGUCCUGAUAUCUGUUUUCAAGAAAAUUUUACGGCCUACAAGUGAAUUCCAGUUGUCGUUUUUUUAAAACUAGAAGAAAAAAUAACUUAAUUAAAUUUACUAAACGAAUGCGUAAAUAGGUUGGGUUUUUCUUGUUGGGUUUUUCUUGUCUGGUCUCCGUCACGAUUUGAUUGUUAUUGUAAAACGUCCUGUCACUGACCUCUCCUAUCAGCCUGUCAGUCGAUAUGUGGAGCAUUGCAUGGAAAUGAAAACUGUAUUGUCAAAACAGAUUAAUGGUUUCUCCAGGUUUUUCUAAUACACCCAUGAAUGGAAUUACUAACUUGCAUUUUACUAAGAUUUUUCUGUUUCAAACCUUUGCCAUGCAGUUUUACCUGGAUUGAUAAAAAUAUUAAGCUUAUAAACAACUUAAACUACAAAUAUUCAGUACAGUUUAAACUCUUGAUAUAUUUUCGUCGUUUUCAAAAGUUUAACACCCAAUGUCUGCGGUAAAUAACCGAAUAUAUGCGCUGCCAGCAAAUCAUAAAAGCACUGAUCCUUUAUCGCAUGGCUGCAUGUCAAUAAGUAUUCAAUUCUUGCUUCUGUUAGCAAAGUUUCAUCAUUUUUUCACAUUGAACUAAGAAAGUUCACGUUUGUUGUCAGCGUUGUGUUGUUACUUUUUAUUUUAUUUUAAACCAUG